GUCAUUCGAAUCCAGUAUUAGUGCGGUGUAGAGUGUUCGGUGUUUUGUAAUCCACUUACUCGAAAUCUUCUCUCUCUCUCUUCCUCCCUCUCUUUAUUCGUUUCUCUAUCUGUUCCUUUCUUUUUCUCGCGCGACUACGAUCGAUUAGUGUAUAAAAAUGCCUUUCAAGCCCGUGGAACAUCCAAAAUGCCCUAAAUGUGGCAAAUCUGUUUACGCUGCAGAAGAGCGAGUUGCCGGUGGGUUGAAAUGGCACAAAACGUGCUUCAAGUGCGGUCUUUGCGGCAAACCGCUCGACUCGACAAACUGCUCCGAGCACGAGGGCGAGCUGUUCUGCAAAGUCUGCCACGGCCGCAAGUUCGGCCCUAAGGGCUACGGCUUCGGUGGCGGAGCUGGCUGCCUGUCCAUGGACCAAGGCGAGCAUCUUCAAGCGAAGAACGAGGGUGAAUUUUCGCGAGGUUCGAACGCUGUUCUCGAGUCGCGAGCUAUCGCCAAAGCACCCGAGGGAGAGGGAUGUCCUCGCUGUGGAGGGUACGUUUACGCCGCCGAGCAGAUGUUGGCCCGAGGAAGGCAAUGGCACAGGGAAUGCUUUAAGUGUGCCAACUGCUCGAAAAGAUUAGACUCCGUCAACUGCUGCGAAGGUCCUGACAAGGACAUUUAUUGCAAAGUAUGCUACGGAAAGAGGUUCGGACCGAAGGGUUAUGGCUACGGCCAGGGUGGCGGCGCCCUGCAGAGUGACUGCUACGCCAAUGGCGAUGCGGCUCCUCGCACCACCGUGAUCGACACCGCGAUAAUCAAGGCCCCGCCCGGCAAGGGCUGUCCCCGCUGCGGUGGCGUCGUCUUCGCCGCCGAGCAAGUGCUCGCCAAGGGCCGCGAAUGGCACCGGAAGUGCUACAAGUGCCACGACUGCACCAAGACCCUGGACUCGAUCAUCGCCUGCGACGGUCCGGACCGGGAUGUUUACUGCAAGACCUGUUACGGGAAAAAGUGGGGACCGCACGGAUACGGAUUCGCAUGUGGCUCGGGAUUCCUCCAGACCGACGGGCUCACGGAGGAAGAAAUUUCGGCCAGUCGACCUUACUACAAUCCUGAUACGACCUCGAUUAAGGCGCCAGCUGGGCAGGGUUGCCCCCGUUGCGGUGGCAUGGUGUUCGCCGCUGAACAACAGCUCGCCAAGGGCACCAUGUGGCACAAGAAGUGCUUCAAUUGCGCCGAGUGUCACCGACCCUUGGACUCCAUGCUGGCAUGCGACGGCCCCGACAAGGAGAUCCAUUGCCGCGCGUGCUACGGAAAGCUCUUCGGGCCCAAAGGCUUCGGGUUCGGCCACAAACCGACUCUCAUCUCGACGAACGGAGAUCAUGCCCCCUCAUACAUCGACUCCAAGCCCGACCUGGGCCAGAAACGAAACGACGGGCACGGUUGCUCGCGCUGCGGCUACCCGGUGUACGCCGCCGAGCAGAUGAUCUCGAAGAACCGCGUUUGGCACAAGCGGUGCUUCAACUGCGGCGAAUGCCACCGUUCCCUGGAUUCGACGAACUUGAACGACGGUCCGGACGGGGACAUUUACUGCCGCGGCUGCUACAGCCGGAAUUUUGGGCCCAAAGGCGUGGGCUUCGGAAUAGGCGCAGGCACCCUCACGAUGGCCUAAUUGGCAGGCUCUAUCCUCCCCCUUUACGCGCCGCUCGAGGAACACCCUCGAUCCAGUCUUAUAUAUUAAUGUAAAUACAUCUAUAUAUAGAGGCGUCUGACUGUGUAUCCGACGACAGACGAACGCGCUGCUCCGGGAAUUUCGAUUUCUCCUUUCCUAUAGAUUACGACGAUUCGAUAAUGUCGGUGACUACAUUUUCAUUAUCGCGAAUAGCGCCGUAGUGCGGGAUAAUGGUGUCUGCUUGACUCUAUGGUCGACAAGAAUCGAUCGCGCACGGAUAAUCCACUGCAAUUGUUGUUGAUAAUAUUGCGAUGUAAAAUCGCGCAUUGAUCGUGUUACGAAUCAAUUCAUUAUUGAACUUAAUAAUCUACUUAUUUGUUACACGAACCAAUGUAUAAAUUUGUCGUUUUAAUAAUGGUUAAUAAUUAUGUUUAGAAAUAUAAAAAAAUAAAAAUAUACGAUUUUUUAUCUAUUGAUUAAUAGACUUAUUUAAUAAGUACUUUUAUUUUCUAAAGACGUUUAUCUAUAAAAUUUUCUUUGUCUUAAAUUUUGGAUUUAAAGAGGGAGUCGAUUUUUUUGUCAUUAUUAAAAAUUAUUAUAUAAAAAAUUGCCAUUAUUAAAAUAAUGCGUUAUCUGAUCGCAAGUUAUCAACAAUAUGUGGAUUUAUUCUCGCAGUCAAUUAGACCCAUUCACGCUCAAUCGUCACGAUGGCUUGCACCGGUUGCUAUGAAAAUUUUACGAGAUUCGUAUUGCAAGAGUUAAAACUGCCAGUUUCACCAGUUAGAUAUUCUACGAUUCUCGUUUCAUGCGAUUUUCAUAGCAACUUGAGUGAUCCUUGAUGACGAUACUACUGCGCAAACGACUAAUCUGUUGACGAGAAAUUAUACGAACGUACGAAACUUUUAUUUUUCUUCUUUUUCUUUUUAUUCUUAAUCAGGAAAUAGGAGAUUACGACUCGAAAAUCGAUCCGCGAGAUGUCAGACUUGGAUUUGUAAAGACACUGGCAAAUUGAAUAUCCCUGAACUUAUAACUAUUUUGGCCGAAUUUAUUGCUCAAAUAUUUUUGUUUCUUUCUUUUUCGAUAAAAGUGAAAAAUCUUUCUGGAUAAUUUCUGAUCUCUAUAUUUCUAUUUAUUUUCACACUUGAUCAAAAUUUUAUUUCAGACUUAAACUUAAGAUCUCUUUUUAUCUUGUUAAUUCGAUCCAAACCAACUUAUUAAGAUAUUGACUCCCAUCAAAUUUUUCUGACAUAAAUAGAGAUUUAGAGACAACCUAUUUAUAUAGAAAGCUUACGGACGGAGAUAUUUUCAAUAAGUAACGACGAAAAUUGCCAGACUGUUUUAUAUCGCUGAUAUUGCUCACUGUUUAACGUUUUUAAUCGUUAGCAUUGCUCAAGAUUAGGCAUAUUAAAUAAUGCCUUUUUCUCUCCUCCAUUAAAAUUGCGAAAUAGAAUGCAUCAUGGAAAUUAAAGAUGCACAGCUUUUUUAACUAUUUCGCAUAACAAAUCGGAAUUAUGUGCGGUGUAACGAUCGUAAAAACUCUGCCACGGGUAAGUGUUUUCUUGAUCGAUUUUUAACUUGAGGACAAAGAUUUUGUUAUUUACAGCGUAAUAAUUGAACACAUGGCAUCGAUUGCAGCGGAUAUUCGCGGACGACACAUACGGAGAUAUGAAUACGAAUAAAAUCUAAUAAAUAUAAUAACCGGGCUACGACCAGCAGCAACGAUGUAACCGACGACUAAGACGAGAAACUAAUUUAAUUAUGAUUUUCAAUAAAUGUGUACUUGAAA